AUGCCUGCCACAGAUGGGUUAUCCCUAUUGUCUCUGCCAGCCGAGCUCCUCGUUGAAGUCUUUUGCAGCCUCCCAUCACUCAAGGAUGUUGCCAACUUGGGAGCCAGCUGCAAGGUUGUGAACCAGCUUCAGAGCAGGCACUUCUCGUACAUCGUCGACCAUGUUUCCCUUCAGUCGAUCCCCUGCUACGAAGACCUGCGGGCUCUUGUCGCAGACCAAGGCCAUCUCGCAGCAGAUCAACCCGUCACCAACAUGUCCCUCGUCGGCUGCUUAUUUCGCACAUCCCAAAACAUAGAAAAGGCGAUCGACAAUUACCACGCGCAGAUGGCCCGGUACCCUCAUCUAGAUCCCCAAGUUCCGCAGGUCUUGUCCCUCACAGAAAAGACCCGAUUCAUCAAAGCACACUAUCAGAUCUGGGGCUUGAUGCUGCUCGCGGAACAAGAAAAAGAGGAGCGGAUCAAAAGUAUGGGCCUUGAACAGGCAUGUCUCCUCUCGGACUUGCUCUGCGUGUUCGAUCCAAUGGUAAUUGACGACCCGAUGAUCGGUCGAAUCAUGCGUGAAGACUCCGUAUCGAAUCGGCGUCUGCUUAAUCGGGUCCGACAGCGGCGCAAUGACGAGUUUUUCAAAACACAUGCCCGGUACUAUCGUCCUCUGAGCUGGUCACCUUACGUGUACCCUUGCCGGCACGCAUGGUGGUGUGACCGUGUGCAGGGUCUCUUCAAGAGCAUGGUUUCUGGAACAUUAUUUGUGAAGGAGGCGGAGGAUGACUCGGAAGAUGAGGAAGACGAGUUGGAGGUUAUUGAGAUUCCGGAUGAGGAGGCUGAAUAA